AUGCUCUCGCGCCUCAUCUCCCUCUUCGACCGCCGCCGCCAGUACGUUGUCGCCGAAGCCACGCCGACCCUGCCCCUCCGCGCCAACACUCCCAACUUUGAGGAUCACUUGUGGCUUUGCGGCACUGCCAUCCCUCGAACGUACGGUAUCUGCGAGCAUGUUCUCAUGGGAGCGGGCGAAAAAGUAUACACGGGGCCCAAGAAUGACAACAAUGAACAUGCUCUCCCCGUGACUUUGAUUCCUGAUUUAUCUGUCGAUCCGCGAUUCCACGAGCGACCCUUCGUUAGCGGCACACCCAGUCACAAAUAUUAUGCUGGUGUGCCGCUCCGCUCCGCCAGAGGCAUCAAUAUUGGCGUUCUCUGCGUCUUCGGCCCCGAAGCCCGCCACGCCCUGACCGACGAGCAAGUCGAAUUCAUGAGUGAUCUGUCUCGGACCAUCAUGGGCCUUAUGGAGGCGAGACGCGUCACCGACACAUAUGUGCGCAGCGAGCGGAUGGUUCACGGCCUGAGCAACUUCAUCCAGGGCCGAGACGAGCCUGGCAAUUGGUGGUCUGAGACCGACCACCACAUUGCUGAAGCACGAGCCUAUGAGCCCAAUGGGGUUUCUUACACUCCGGACGGGCCCGAGGCACCCCGCAUCGUCGUCGGCGAUGACGGCCUCGUCGAGGUCUCUGACGCUGCGUCCGAAGAGAUUGCUGGAAUGCAGGAAGCUAUCCGCCCAAGCAUCAGUCCUGUGACCAACGAUGGCGUCGCCGCAUCCUGCUCAGGCUCUUCCGACACGAUUGAAACGACGAGCACGACUGCUUCCAGCGUAUUGCCAGCUGAUCCCCACCAGGUCGAGGUCGAUCGCAUCUUCGCCAAGGCUGCACAUAUCAUCCGUGAGUCUCUUGAUAUCGACGGAGCCAUGUUCCUUGACGCAAGUGUCGGCUCGUUUGGCGGACUCGUUAACUCCAUGAGCCCGCACAACACGUCGCUCGAUUCUGACGGUCCCACCUCGAGCAGCGAUGACAGUUUAUCGGGGCAAAGCCAAAUCAGCAAUCAGGACACGCCAUGCCGCGUUUUUGGCAGUUCUACGUCAUACAACCAUCCGGUGCCCCCUUCUUCUCAUGUAGUGGAUGCCAACGCGCCGAAAACGCUCACAGAGAAGUUUCUCAAGAAGCUCAUGCGGCGCUAUCCGAACGGCAAGAUCUUCAGCUUUGACGAAGCUGGUUCCUGGUACUCGGAAGAUUCAUCAGGCGACGACUCGGACCCUGUGACUCAGGAAUUCGGAGGCGCGGAAGAUGGCUUUCAGCCGAUCAACAUCAAGAAAUGCAAGUCUAGAGGCUCGCCGUAUGCACGGAGAAACGAAGCUUCAACCAUCGGGAGGCUCUUUCCCGCCGCGAGGAGCAUCGCCAUGGUGCCCCUGUGGGACCCCUACAAAGACAGGUGGCACGCUGGCGGAUUCGUCUGGAGCAAGAACUCGGCUCGCAUGAUUACCAAGGACGCGGAUCUGCCCUACCUCAGGGCCUUCGGCAUGAUCACCAUGGCGGAGAUCCGGCGGCUCGAUGUUGCCGUGUCGGACAAGGCCAAAACAGACAUUCUCGGCUCCAUGAGCCACGAGCUGCGUUCGCCGCUGCAUGGCGUCGUCGCCGCUGCCGAGUUGCUCCACGACACACAGCUGGACGCCUUCCAAGUCGAUGUUGUCCAUACGAUUGAGAUUUCGGGCAAGACGCUUCUGGAUACUAUUGAUCAUUUGCUCGCGCACAGCAAAAUCAACACAUUUCUGCGGUCGUCGAGAGCACGUCGGAGGCAAAACAAGGGCCGUCGUGGCAUGACGCACGACAGCAAAGAAGAGACAAGUAUCGAAAACGGCAUGAUGACCCUGGUGUCGGAGAUUCAGCUUGAUGCCCUCGCCGAGGAAGUCAUCGAGAGCGUUUUCAUCGGCCACAGCUUCCAACACAUGGUUGCCGAACAGCUCACGAGACACGGUGCGCAGGGCCCCAUGAGCCCAGCCCAGGAACGCCUCGACACUAUCCACUCUGCAGACCUGAGCAAGACCCGAGCCAGCUCGAACAGCCUGCCAACAAAUCUCGGCGACGUCCAUGUCAUCAUCGAUAUUGACCCUAGUUGCUCGUGGGCAUUUUCCACUCAACCCGGUGCGAUUCGUCGUAUCAUUAUGAACCUUUUCGGUAACGCACUGAAGUACACAUCGAACGGCCACAUCAAGAUCACCCUUGGACAAGAGGCCGCAGCUCAGGGGCCGCAAAAAGGCUCUGCCAACGUUGUCGUUACCGUCGCCGACACUGGCAAGGGUAUCACCGAGGAGUUCCUGCGCACCAAGCUCUUUGUUCCGUUCUCCCAAGAAAACCGCCUCGCGCCGGGAACCGGUCUGGGCCUCAGCCUCGUUCGCCAGAUUGUGGGCUCUCUUGGGGGCUCUAUCAGCGUCAAGAGUCGCAAGUCUGCCAAGGAGGUCGAUAGCCGUUUCGCAUUUGACUCCAAGAUCCUGCACGACGUCAAGGUGUCGGCUGUUGGUUUCACCAAGAAGCCUGUUGGGCCGAAUAGCACAACUGAUGGCAAGGAUAUUCCUAUUGAAUCCCUCCCACUGAGGUGGUUCGGAAUGCAACUGGGUGGCAUGAAGAGCGUCGCCGGCGCCGCUUCCUCCGAUGCCGAUGUUAUCAUCUACAGCGAGGCAGCCUUCAGCCAACUCGACGCCCGCUCUAUCCAGCAGCAUCCAGUCCCUAGCGUUGUGAUAUGUCACAACGCAGGUAACGCUAUGAAGUUCGACUCUGUGCUGAAAGCGUCAGCCCCUAAUGCCGUUUUUGAGUUUGUUCAUCAACCAAAGUUUGGCAAGGCGGUCGCGGCUGCGUUGACCCGGUGGCAACAGCUUAAGAUCGUCAACGCCGUUGCGGCGGCAUCAGUUUCGAAUGCCCGGAACACUGCGCUGUCCAACAAUACUUGUAGCACCACAGCCACUCUACAACCCAACGGAGUCCCCGGCGAAUCAAAUGUGUCUUCGAUGGCUUGUCGGCUAUGGAACCUAGAUCUCGACUCCGAAUUCAACCUGGCUCUGCCCGAACGGCGAACACCCCCUACGAACAGUAUCAGUGUCAGCCAAGCCACUCAUGCCAACGAAUCAGUCCCUAUCGAGGCGCCUGUCGCUGCAAAGGAAGCGGGCCAAGCGCAAGACGCGGUCGAAACAGUCAAAGAGAUCCAGACAGAAGCGAUGAGCGCCGAUGCCAUUGGAGCUGCAGCUUUCUCCAGCACCGACCAGAAACACUUUUUGAUUGUUGACGAUAACAUUAUCAACCUCAAGAGGCUGGGGCGAGAGCACUGCACUUCAAUGAACGGACUUGAGGCACUCGAGGCCUUCUCAGCGGACCCCAGAAGGUUUUCAUGUAUUCUCAUGGACAUCAAUAUGCCUGUCAUGGACGGCCUCGAAUCAACGCGGCGAAUUCGCCAAUUCGAGCGUCUCAACAAACUUGCUCCGACGACCAUCAUCGCCAUCACUGGUCUGGGUUCUGAAGAGGCGCGGAAAGAGGCAUUUGCGAGCGGGCUGGACCUGUUCCUGACGCGCCCGGUGCGCAUGGGCGAGCUGCACAACAUUCUGCGGCAGAAGGGACUGACCGAUGUGGAGGGCCGCAAAUCGCCCGAUUCGGAAAAGGCGGCAGCGAUUACGACUUGA